AUGGAGAAGGUGACCGAGAUACACUGUUGGUUGGACUCGACAGUCGCGUUAUAUUGGAUCAAUGGACAAGGCGAGUACCGGCAAUUCGUAUCCAACCGAGUGAAAAAGGUCAAAGAACUCGACCGGAUCAGAUGGCAUCACGUCCCAACGAACGAGAAUCCCGCUGACCUAGGGAGCCGCGGAGGAGAUGUGGUGGGAAACGAGUUAUGGAAGCACGGUCCAACGUGGCUUAACAACCAGGAGACGUGGCCACCGGAAGUUGUGCCUGUGGCGAGUUCGGAUUCGAAGCAAGAGGAAAAACCGUCGACGCGAGUUUUGGUCACGAUGAAUCAAACGGCACACGAGGACGUGUUUGACCAACUACUAGAGCGGAAAGCGAAGUCCCUGGGACCGAUAAAGACGCAGGAGAUCGAAGACGCACGGUUGUGGUGGAUUAAACGAGUUCAAGAUGGAGCUAGGGACGCACCGGAAUUCGAGAGUACGAAAAUCGAGCUAAACCUCCAACCUAACCAGAACGGAAUUCUAGAGUGUCGCGGGCGAAUCGAAGGCGAGUAUCCGGUAUACUUGCCUGCAAAUUCGCAGUUAUCAAAGAAACUAGUCGAACAAGCGCACAUCAUCACUCUUCACGGGGGAGUACCGGCGACCAUGGCUGAAGUUCGUGAGCGAUACUGGAUACCUAGACUACGUCGCCUUGUGAAGCAGGUACGAAGCAAAUGUCAUGGAUGUGUGCGAUUCCGCGCUCGUGCGUAUCACAGACCACCGCCUGGACGACUACCAGUUACGCGAACGCAAGGAGAAACCCCGUUCCAAGUGAUAGGAGUCGACUUCGCUGGACCAAUCAAAUACAAAACAGCAGGAAAAGCGGAAAAGAAAGCGUAUCUGGUACUUUACGCGUGCAGCCUCACAAGAGCAGUUCAUUUGGAGCUGUUGAAAUCAUUGGAGGUUGUCCAAUUUCUGCCUAGCCUAAAAAGAUUGAUCGCUCGAAGGGGGAGACCACAAAUCAUAUACUCAGAUAAUGCCACUACGUUCAAGGCUGCGGCAAACUGGCUGAAAAAGGCAAUUGGAAAUGAGAUCAUAAACGGUUUCCUUACGGACAAGGAGAUCCAUUGGAGGUUUAACCUGAGUCGCGCACCCUGGUGGGGUGGACAGUUCGAGCGGUUGAUCGGGCUCUUUAAACGAUGUUUUUAUAAAAGUAUCGGGAACGGUAAUCUAACCUUUGAAGAAUUAUCAGACGUGAUCCUAGACAUAGAAGUUGUAAUGAACAAUCGACCGUUAACAUACGUUGAAGACGACGUAGAACAAACUGUUCUCACCCCGCAAGAAUGUUGCAGAUAA